AUGCGGAAGAACUUCUCGGUUUGGUCGAUCAAGAUGCAAGCAGUGAUGGAGGCGAAUGAUAUGUGGGAUGUAGUGGAUCCUGCAGAUCCGGAGGCGCCGGUGGGUGCAAAACAGAACAAGGUGGCGCGUGCAACCAUCUUCAGCGCGAUCCCCGAAGAUGCAUUCUUCCUCAUCGUGAAGAAGGAGAGCGCGAGGGAAGCGAGGAUACAAUCCCUCAAGGAGGAGCUCGAUACGCUCAAAAUGAAGAGUAGCGAGAACAUUGAGGAUUAUGCACUCAAGGUUGGCACUAUUGUAAACAAGAUUCGAGAGUUAGGGGAGAAGAUAGAAGACCCCUGUGUGGUGAGAAGGAUGCUUCGUUCUCUCCCUAACAAAUUCUUGCAGAUUGUGAGCUCGAUCAAGAAGUUUGCCUAUCUGAAAACCAUGUCGGUGGAAGAGCUCAUCGGGCGACUCAAGUGGAUAGCCACGAAAGAGAAAAAGGAUGGUGAGAGGUCCAGCAAUGGCCUUUAUAAAGGAGGCGGUGGUGCUCGUGGUCACGGAAGAGGCUGUGGGUGUGGGCGCGGCUGUGAUCGUGGCGAUGGAGAGCGUGCCCACAAUAACAAGAAGUUUGACAAAACCAAGAUCAAGUGCUUCAAUUGUCAUAAUUUUGGCCAUUAUGAAUCUGAAUACAGAUUAAGAAAAAGGGAAGAGAAGGCUCAUAUUGCUGAAAAAAAGGACGACGAACCUGCGUUUCUGAUGGCUAAAGUAUGUCAAGUGGCUUGUGCUGAUAAAAGAAGAGUUGAGAAGGAUAAGUUCACUGAUCUCGAUGACACAAUUGCAAGAACGGUGAAGUUCGGGGAUGGAUCCAUAGUGGAGAUCUGCGUCCUUGGAUCAGUGCUGUUCAAGUGCAAUUCAGGUGAACACAAGUGUUGGACCAAUGCUGAAGCUAGUCAAGAUUGUUUUGUGACCAAUGAGCAAGCUACAAACCAGAGAACCCUCAGGUAUUUUCAUCGAACACCUGUCAUCUCUCACUCAAUCGACAUCCAAAACCUUCAACAAACUGGUAUCAGAACAAUAAGGGUGAUGGCAACCAGCAACUCGCCGGCGCCGGAGGGGACUCUGGGGUGUCUCUCUCAGUCGUCGGUCCCGGUGUUCACUGGCCAGGAGUACAAGCGAUGGAACUUGCAAAUGAAGACCAUAUUCAGGUCCCAGGAGUUGUGGGACUUGGUGGAAAACGGCGUGACUGAGUCGAAGGAUGAGGCACUAGAGAGGGACAACCGGAAGCGAGAUGCGAAGGCAUUGUGUCUGAUCUAG